UUGGCGGUGCCGCGUGUGGCUUGGAGUUUCCUGGGUCUGGAAAUUGGAGAGAGAGAGAGAGCGAGGGACAAGUUUCAGCAGCGGCUGGAGGAUGUGAGGGAACGCGCCUGGAGCCAGGAAACUCGGGAAAGGGCCAGCCCAGUGCGUGUCGCUGUACCCUGGCGCAAUGUUAAGUCGGCAAGAGAUCAAGGCGUCGGGACGGGGAGUCGGGAAAUGUGUUGUGCCCAGUUAUAAAUGUGGGCGCACCCUGAAUACAGGAAAGAUUGAAAUGUAGCCAGGAUAUGCAAAUACUGCUGUACAGUUGGGAGUAAAGAGAAUGCUUCAAUUUAAUUGGAAUUGAAUAGAUUAAGCUGUUGGAACUGUUAAAAUAACCAACUCAUCACAGCCGUUUACUUAGUUGAAAGCUAAACUCUUAUGGCCGACCUUUUCUGGCCUCGUUUAUUCGGAUCAAGAGCACUAGAUGUUCAAUCCUAAAUCUUGUACUGUACAUUAGAACUUCUAAAACUUGUUUCUUGUUUAAUGCGAUUUCUCAAAAGCCAAUUUGCUAUCAAAUUAAUGUCAAUAUUGCCUCCUGACAUGCUCAUCCAUUAUCUGUAUUUUCACUGACAGUAGUGUAGGGUGUUGUGUGUUUACCGGACAAUGAUGGCAGAUGAAUUGGAAGUGGACAAGCCUGGUCCAACUGCAGAGCUGGGUGGACAAGCAAGGAGUGGCGCUGAGACUGAAGAUUCGGUGGAACUCUGUGAGCCCGAUGACCUGGCGAACUAUUUGGAAAUAAAAUCCGAAGCAAGGGACCCGGACAAAAAACUGUGCGGCUACCUCAACAAGCUGGGAGGCAAAGGGCCGCUGAAAGGCUGCAAGACCCGCUGGUUUGUGUACGACCAGAAGACAUGCCAUCUCUAUUAUUUCCGAACAGCCCAGGACAAUAGCCCGUUAGGGAGAAUGGACCUGUCCAAGGCUGCCUUCAACUAUUGCGUGGAGGCAGAGGAAGGAACAUUUGAAAUCUCAACUCCAGAAAAGGAUUAUACAUUGAAGGCAAAGAAUAAAGAUGUCAUGAUGUACUGGUUACAGCAGUUGCAGCAGAAACGUUGGGAACAUGGUGAGGAGCAGAAAUAUGCCCUUACAGAUGAUCUCAGCAUCUCAACCGAGCAUACGGAGUUACCACCAGCAUUCAACACAGAAGAGGAAACAGAUGAGUUCAUGGAUCCCGUGAAAACACCUACUGGUCUUGUCGGAGUGGAAGCAGCUUCUCUCCCAGCCCCCCUGCAGCCCACUACCUUGCACAACAUCUCUCUCAAACAUCUGGGAACAGAAAUCCAGAAUCUCGGUUCUAAAACUGUGUUUCAGUUCUCCAGAAGCAAGUCAUUAAGAGAAAGUAAGACCUGUUUUGAAGAAAUUAAUAAGGGACCAAAUGAGACUGGACAAGAUGUAUCCCAGAACAAGGAAGGAGAUAUACCAGUUAAGGAUUCGCAGGAGGAAGAGCAGAAAACUCCAUUUCGGAAGAGUCCUAGGAGCAGUGUGAAAUUGCUGACCAAUCGAAUCAACAAUACAACGUUGCCUUCACAGCAGGAUGGGAAUAACCCAGACAAAACCAUGAGCUUAGACAAUGACAUCUUGAAACUCACUAACGAGCUUAAUGCACAGAGGGAAUUGGUGAAGCUCUUGCACCGAGCUCUGGAGGCAGCGCAGCAGGAGAAGAGGGCCUGUAACUCCUACCUCUCGGCCGACGAGUCCACCCGACUGGAACUGGUGCGGCACAAGGUGAGGCAGGUCAGGGAGUUGGAGAGCCGGGUCAGCGCUCUGGAGAAGGAGAAGCAGGAACUGGAGCAGAGCCUGAGGCUGCAGAGGGACCUGGUGGAGGAGCUGAAGCAGCACGCUCAGCUCCUGAUGGAGAAGAACAACGCGAAGCAAGAGGUCAUCCUGAAACUCUCUGAGCAGAUGGUCAAGGAAGACAUCUCCUCAUCAGAAAUGUGUGGCGAAGUCACCGCUGAGACCAUGAGGAAGCUAGAGGAGAGAAUUGUGCAUUUAAUGGAUGAUCAAGAAGCUUACAAAACACAAAACAAGUUCUUAAACUCCGAGAUCUACCAGGUCACCAAACUUUGGCAGGCCACAGCAGAUCGGGAGAUUGCUCUGGCAAUGAAGUGUGCUUUUUUGAAGGCAAGUUACUGCCGGAUCGAGAGCAAGUAUUUGACAUUACUCCAUAAGCUUCAAGAUGACAACAACCAAAAGGAGACAGACCAGGAUAUGGUCAAGCAGCUUAUUGCUGACCAAUCAAAACUGGAGAAUAAAACUCAACCUGGCAGCAAUGUUGGUGCUAUCUGCAAUGAGUAUGAUGAAUAUGGUUUCAAGAUGGUGUCAUCUCCAGUGCAGGAGAAUAACCUCUUGGUCAAAAUCCAGGCACUUGAACGAAAAUCCAUGCAACUGAUGGCCACUCAGGAGAGUCAAGAGAAAACCUUCCAGAUGAAAUGGACAAACCACUUAUCAGGCAGGUCCUUUGGUGAAAUUCAGCCUUCACCAGAGUUAAAGAACAUGAUCCGUAAUGGCGUUCCCAAGGAAUAUCGAAGGCAUGUUUGGAAGUGGUGCACCGAUCGAUGGGUGCGUCGCAUAAGGGAACGUUACGAUGCUAAGCGUUAUCAGGAGCUGCUGAAACUGUGCAAGAACAAAGACCAGGCAGCAUCCAAGCAGAUUGAACUGGACCUGCACCGGACUCUGACCAAUAACAGGCUGUUCACCUCCCCGAACUCCAAGAUGGUUCAGAAACUCCGCCGAGUAUUAUUGGCAUACUCGUGGCAAAACCCUCAUAUUGGAUACUGCCAGGGACUGAACAGACUGGCAGCCAUUGCGUUGUUGAUCCUGAGAGAGGAAGAAGAUGCUUUUUGGUGCCUCGUGGCCAUAAUUGACUGCAUUAUGCCAGAGGAUUACUACAGCAAGACCCUCACUGGCUCCCAGGUUAUAUUUCGAUAUGCACUAGCAAUUUUCAAAUACAACGAGGAAGAAAUUUUGAAGCUUAAUGACAACCUGGCGAUUUAUGACUACCUUAGAUACUUGACACAAAAUAUUUCUGAGGGAAGGAAGCUCAUGAACAUUGCAUUUGUUGAAAUGAACCCGUUUCCCUUGAAGCUGCUUCGAAACCGUCGGAUGUUGCACCUGGAGAAACUCAAAGCUGAGCUGAGCGAGCUGGAGAGGAUACGUGAAGCGUAUGUGAAAGAAAGAGUGGAACAGAAGAUCAUUAUGGACUGUGCUAGUGAGGAUGAGGAUGAAGCUGAAAGGAAUCGUCCCGGAGUGGCAUCGCCUGAAUUUUCCCCAGGGGAUCCCUCAAAAUCAUGAACCAUGCUCUUCAACAACAAGCACCUAUACUCAAGUUGUCCAGUCACGAAUUAACUUCCCUCAAGACAUCUUUCCUUCAAUUACAAGGGAAAACACAUAAGUAAAGUUGUUAGAUUUCACUAUAUGGUACCUUUCUUGUGCUUAUUAUUGUCAAUAUCAAGUCUUUAAGCUUUGGUGCAGCGGAAUCCAGAAGAAGAGGAAAAAAUGACUUACUUUGCCAUAAGCAAAGAUUCCUUUUACCAAAGCUUAGAAGACUGCUACCUCCGUCAUUUUGAAAUUUUUUUUGUUCUCAUUCCAACACCCUGUGAAUAGGAUUGAGUGAAUCAGUCCUGAAAUAAUGCUUUUGAAGUCAUGAUUGCCAGGAUCUGGAGGCGGCCUGCUCAGGUUCAUUCCUAAACAAUGAUUGAGAGUGAGGAAAGAUUCCAUCCCAUCAGCUCAAACUGGUACAAACCCACCUUAGGAAGGAUAUAUUGGCAAUAGACAAGAGUAUAGCAUAGAAUGGUACCUGCACUUCAGAGAUUAAGUCAGGAGGAGAAAGAAUGUAAACUAGGCCCAUUUUUCUCUAGAAUAUAGAAAGUUUAAGCAUAAUCUGAUUGAAAUCUUCAAAAAAUUAACAAGAAAAGACAAGGUAGAUAAAGAUAAACUAUUUCUACUGGUUGAGGAUUCUAGAAGUAAGAAGCAGAGUCUGAAAAUUACAGCCAAACAGUUCAGGAGAGUUGUUAGGAAGCAUGUGUGUACACAAUGGCUGGCAGAGGUUUGGAACAAUCAGAAGUUCAUUCUAUAUCAGUUAAUUUUAAAACUGAUGCACAUAAAUUUUUGUUAUGCAAAGGUAAAAGUCCAAAGUCAGGUACAUGGAGUUAGGCCUCCGAUCAACUAUGAUCUAAUUGAAUGGUGGAACAGGCUUGAAGGACUGAAUGGCCUUUUCCUGUUCAAUGAUGAGAGGAGAACGAGCUACACACUGCCUUGUCAUUCAAGAUGAUUAGUUAUAAUCUUGAUGCCUGAUUUUAGCCCAAUUUGGAACUCGUUAAAUGAAUGUAUACACCGAAAGUCUCAGUUAAAUUGUUAGCUAUUAGGUGCAGAAAUUUAUUUGUGACUUAUCGCCCAUCUAUGGGACAGAAAUCUAAUCCCAACCCCAACGAUCCCCUUCUUUCACACAUCAUCUGAGUGACUGCAGCAUUCAGAAGGUGGUUCUCAAAGGAAUUUAGGGAUAGAUAAAUGCUGGCUUAACCAAAAAUACCAUCAUCUCAUGAGAGAAUGAUUCAAAAUAACCACACAAAUAUUUAUUAUUGAUAAAUGCCUAACUUGCAUCAUUGGUAUGCAUGGGGUAACAUCGUUGGAAUUGGCAGGAUUCAGGUGCAAUUAAUUGACCUGGCACAUGGCCAACAUACAUGUAAAUUUAAAAUGUUUAUUUUUUUAAAAAGACUUUCAGAAACUCACAUUUUCCACUUCUGGGGCUGCACGGAAAAGUGUGUGAACUAUGACCCUCUGUAAGCUUGUAACCAGAGUGGUCAAUUACAGACUGUCCAAGUAGGCCCUGUAUCAAUUACCUCAUUGCCAAGUUAGUUAAUGUUGCUCAGAUGAUAAGAGCCACAACUCACCUGAGAUGUCUCUUCGACUUGCCACAGGUAAUAGUGUUCGUGAUGCUGAGGUGAAUGUGAACUAAAAUAGUUUUGUAACAUUUUGAUAUUGAGACAUCAUUACAGGAAUGUCUGAUAUUCCUUUUUAAGAUGAAUUAGUGCUUAACUACCCAAGGAGACUGGCUUGUCACUUGACUAUGCUGCAAUCCAGAGCUGGUAUGAUAUUUUUUCGCUGCUGUUUGAAAGUAUACAAUAGUCUGGCACAGUGACCAUUCAACAUAGACAUCGGUUUGUUUGGUUUUAUUAAAGUACUUGCAACCAACUACACAAUAAAUUCCAACCAUGUGUAACCACA